ACUGCAGUAACAUUUUCAUCAGGUACCUCAAGGCCAAAGGUUUUGGACUACCGUUACUUCACAGUAAACGACCAGAACCCUUGGACCCACAUGGCUGUUUACCACUCGAUUCAACCGGAGAAUUUAAAAGAUUACCUUUUGAAGAAUGGAGGAGAGAGCGAGAAGUUCAAGCUUAUUUCACCUCAGCGAGUCGAGCCGGACUCCAACAAGACUGUCGAAUUGGAAACACCAAAAGUUCCAGAAAUAAUCGCAGAGAAACCUCCUGCCAAGAAGGUGGCUGAGAAGCGCAAACUGCCCCCUAAGGAACCAACACCUCUGGAGGAAGAUGAGGGCAACAAGAUACAGAUCAACCUGAAAAAAUUCAAAAAAGACAAAGUGGAAUAUCCGGAGGACACUGGAGGAGAUUUCCCUGGACUGAUCCUGUGGAUUGGUAUCCGGAAGAAUAGCAUAUGGCAGAAGAACCUCUUCUGCAUCAUGAUUGAGUCCUUCAAGAUGUCGAAGUACGGAGAUCUUAUUGUUGAAGAGUCAGAGGAGAGUGUUUGGGGCCGUAAGGAACCAUUCAAGAAGUGUGUGAUAAAGGCAAACCGCAAGGUAUUGGCGGUGGGGUUAGGUGAGAGCAAGACGGAGGCAAAGAACUCUGCGGCCAUGCAAGUGUUGCGACAACUGCGGAAACACUGUUACACAAUACAGGCUAAGCUAAGCUACUUCAAAGAUGGCAAAGCAACACCUUAUGACUUCAAUCCAGAUCCUGCUAAGGCGCAUGUGUACUGUGUGGUACGGCGGAAUGCAUUCAUCGAUCGAGCUGCUAUCAUAAAGUAUAUAGAUGAUUUCUCCCAGAAAGUUUGUGAUGAGGAGAUUAUAUUUGGAGACGACUUCACUUUUGAUGAGCGAGAGGCCAUCCUAAGGUAAGUUACUGUUCUAUAUACAUUUUUAUGAAAUUAGGUUGAGUAAAUUCCUAAAAUAUUGAAGGCUGUGAAAGAAGGAGUUGGCCCAGCACAGAUACCGGCAGGUACGGAGGUCACUUCUAUCCAGCGAUCAAGAAAUGAAGA